AUAACCGCUUAGAUAAUAAUGCAAUCUGAUUGGCUAUACAAAAGUCACGCGCCCAUCACGCCUCUAAGGUUAUAAAAGCUUGUGAAACAGCGUUUAAUGAAGAACUGGCAAACCACGACAUUGCUGACAAAGCUGUCUGGAUUCUUAUAAGAGAAAAGCCUAUCUGCACCAAGAAUGCUUAAGCCGAUUUUGAUCUGCUUGGCGUUUGCUGCGUUUGCCAUACGAGGCGUCUUGUCUUUGUGCGACCCCUACACACAGUGCUUUGGUCACGGCGACUACAAUGCAGCUACCCAAACCUGCAAGUGCUACACGGCAGCGGUGAUAAACGUCCACUGGGGCCCCUAUACAGGGGAAUGUUGUGAGAGUAUCGGAUGCACAAAUCCGAACUCGACAUGCAAGCAUGGUGCAUGCGCAAUAGACGGCACCUCCUGCGAACGAUGCCAGACCGGGUGGACUGGGGCUAACUGUGAUAACGUCACGGCGUGCUUCCCAUGGCUCGCUUGUGCGCAUGGCCGCUGCACCAAGUCGAGGUUUCGGUGCGAAUGUGAUCCCGGUUGGCAUGGUGAUCUGUGUGACCGCGCCAUGUGCAAUGUACCGUGCCAUUUCGGUGCGUGCCCGCAUGACCCAAACAAGUGCGAAUGUUACAGUAACUACUACAGCCCGGAAACCGGUUGUGACAGGGCCUACUGCGCUCCCGAUUGGAAAUGCCUGAAUAACGGGUUUUGCGUGGACAGCCGUCACUGCAAAUGCCCCGACCACUACACAGGACCCCACUGUGAGUUCAUCUCCAACUGCAGCGUUCCCUGCAGUCACGGACGCUGCACCACAGCACCAGACAAGUGCGAGUGCGAGAAAUAUUGGUCUGGUGCCGACUGUGGUACGUACAUAGGGACCUGCAACAACUGUUCCUCGGUGGGUGGCACGUGCUCGGCAGGCCCAGACACGUGCGCAUGCAGGCCGGGUUAUACAGGCCCCACGUGCGCGGUACAGAAAUGUGACGGGUGUGGCCAUGGGUCGUGCCAAAUCAGCGCCGGGAAAAAGUCGUGUACAUGCGAUUAUGGCUGGCUCAACAACGUUGGCGACGCCAGCUUCACUCCCGGUCGGGGCCCAUGCACUAAGAUCUGGAAAUGCACUGAGCCAUGCGUGUACGGAACUUGCCCUAGCGACCCUUUUAAGUGCGAGUGCCGUGCGCCUUACACCGGUACACAGUGCGACACCAUCAAGUGUCCGGAAUGCUGUCCGCCGGAGACAUGUGACUGCUCGUCAGGACAUCAGAGCUGCCGCCCUGACUGGCACCACGACUGCUGCCUUGUCAAGUCUUGUUUCCAUGGCAACACCCUUGUACAUACCGCACGGGGCCUGGUACCCAUUCGCGAGGUGCGAGUAGGCGAUCUCGUCGUCACUCGACACGAAGGAGACUCACCGGAAGUGACGCACCUCCGACGGGUUGAUCAGGUGCGGAAGAAGCUUGUUCAACCCAAGGAUUUGGUGGUCCUGCGAGUCAAUGACGAAGAUAUAUGGGUGACGUAUAAUCACCCGUUGUAUGUGCAAGCGACAAAGUCCUGGGUAGCGGCGGUCAACAUCACAACGGCAGACGCCUUACAGGCUGUGAAGGGGGGCAGCGCACGGCUCCAGAGCAAACAACAAGCCAAUGAGCUACUGGCCGCUUCCAGCGACAGUGAGGGAAUUCCUGUGUACGACCUGGCCGUUAGGGAGUAUGACCGAUACGCUGUAGGAAGAGGGGGAAUCAUGGCCUCAAGCUGUGACUCGCCCGUUACACUACAGACGAGGGAUAAACAGAUCUGGGGGGCAAUGGCACGGCCGCAGUUCAGCUUUGAGCGAGGAAUGACAGCUUCCGCUGAAGAAAGAAAGGAAAAGGAGGCGGGAGGCAGUGCGAAAGACCCAGAAACCUCUGGGUCUGCUGGCCUUAUUGCUGGGUGUGUUGUCGCAGGAGCUUGUCUCGUGGCGAUACUAGCACUCGCGCUGAACAAGUACAGAAAGAGGCAGCCGUACAAAGGUCUGGAUGGGGACUACCUUGUGGCUGAGUCGCCAAGGCGUUACGCAGGAGUCGGUGGUCGAAUGUAGAUCAAAUAAGUCGCCUUUGUGACUUGAAGACAAGGCUUCUAUAGCUGAGUGUGCCCCAGUGCAUCGUCGGCACGCCCCCCCCCCCCCCCCCCCCCCCACACUCACACACAGCCUUUAUGUAACCACUAUCCCCCCCACCCCGAUAAGACCUUUUUUCCAGCGGUAUUGAUCACGCGUUAUUUUAGUAUUAUUUAAGAUUGCAUAGAUAGUAAGCUAUGUAAAAUAAAACAGCUAUUAAAAUAUACAAACUUAA